AUGGCGCUCGACGCCACCGCGCUGUCGGAUCGCCAGUUCCGGCGUAAGGUGUUCGAGGAGCUUCAAAAUGCGGGUACCAUCGACGGGCUGAAAGGAACCCUUCGUUCGCGCCUCGUCGGCGUGCUCCAGCGACGCGACCCAAGCGUGUUCCUGGGCAGCGGCCCGGGGCCCGGUCAGCAAUCGCUGUGGCAGCGCGCGGCGAACAGCCUGUACGUGGAGUACCUCCAGCACCAGAACUACGGCUACGCCCUGUCCGUGUUCCAACCCGAGUGCGGCUUGACGAAUCAGCAGGUGAUGACCAGGGACGAGCUCGCGCGCGUGCUCUGCCUCGGGCCCACUUCGUCGGUGGUGCAGUACAUGCCCAAACCGAAUGAGCAAGGUCGGGAGCAGCCUCUUCUCCUGGGCAUCCUGCAAGCGCUCGCGGACGCCGGGGGCGCCGGGGCGCGUCGUGAGAUCACCACACAGACGGGCGACUACGGCGGUAACACCUCCCUCGCCCUCAGGCUCGCCCAGAUUGACGAGAUGCACGAGCGCGCCGUCGAAUCCGAACGCGUCGCGCCGCUCAGGGACGCCGAGGAGCGCAUGGCGUCCUUCCAGCGGGAGUGCGAGGAACGCAUGAGGCACGAGAUGGAGGAGCAGGUGAGACGCGUAAGGGACCACGAGGUGGGCCAGGCGAGGCUGGAGGAGGCUGCCAAGCACCGCAGGCAGCUCGCGGAGGCGCGCGAGGAGCUCGAGCGCGUCCACGCCGAGCGGCUUCGGAAGCUCCGCGCGAGAGAGGAGAGCCAGCUCGAGCGCGUGAGAGCCGCCGAGUCCGCCCUGGAGCGGGCGGCGUACGAUCACCGCCAGAGACUCGCGGCGGAACACGAGAAGCUGAGGGAGGCGAAGGAGGAGGCCCACCGCGAGGAGACUGAGCGCGCCAUGAACCGCGCCAGGGAGGAGGAGGACCUGAAGAGGCGCGAAUCCGAGAUUAAGUCCAAGGAGAGCUCCUGGUCCAUGAGGUACGCGGAGCUGUCGGCGGAGGCGGAGGAACGCGCCUUGGCGCGCCGCAGAGAGACCGAGACCGAGGCUGAACGCCGCCUGGAGAUGAUAAAGACGGAGAUGAUGGCCCUCGAGGAUGAGCGUGCCAAGCUCGAGCUUGACCGUGCGCAACACGCCGUGGAGAUUGCCACCAUCGCACAGGCACGCAGGGACGCCAUGGAGCUGAAGAAGAAGCACGGCCAGCAGUCCACCGCGACCGAGAUUCUCGCGCAGCAGCUCGAUGACCUGAACGAGCAGCUCGACCUCGCGCGCAGGGCUCUCGCGAAGCGCGGAAUUGCCCUCCCGGUUCCCAAGGGUCUUGGCGGUGGCAUCAAGAUGGGCCUCACCUAUGGGGACUCCCUCUCCCUCACCGAGGAGGACAGCGUCGCGUACGCUCAGGUCGUGGCUGCCAUGGAGGUGGCCAAGUCAGAGGCUGACGUGGCGCGCAAGGAGCUCGCGGAGAUUCGAAGCGACUUCAACAAGCUCAAGAAGGAGCACGCCCUGAUGCGCCAUGAGAAGCACGCCGCUGUGCGCCAAGCGGAGGACCUCAAGGUUAAGUACGAGUUUGCCAACAAGAGGACGGAGGAAGCGGUCAGGACCGCGCAGGAAGCAUGGGUCACCAUCAACGAGCAAAAGGGGGCUUGGAAGUCCCUGCUUGACGAGGAAAAGGAUAGGCGCGUGGCUGCGGAGGCUGCGUGCGCCGCGUACAGAACCGCGAUGAUGGCGCCGGGCGCAAGCGCUGCGGAUCUCGGGUUGGACUCGAUGCACGCCCUCCUCCCGCCCAAUCUGCAGAAUCUUCCGGAGCCGGGCGACGAGACAUCCGCCUCGACGAUCACCAAGCUUCGACUUCAGAAGUUUGAGAUGCAGCAGGAGAAGCAGCGCCAGACCAUCGCCGAGUAUGAGCGACAGAUGAUGUUUGAGAAGCAACGACAGCAGUACAAGGAGACCAUGGACAAAGCCGAGGUUGAGGCUAAGAAGAUGGAAGAGGAGGCAGCGCUCGAAGCCAAGUACGCCAGAGCGAAGCUCGAGGCGCAAGAGAAGCACCGGGCGGAGCAGGCUGCACAGGCAUCGACUGAGAUCGAGACAGAGUACAGCGAUGACGACUUCGAGAUAGACGAGGAGAAAUUUAUCCCCUCUGAUCCAAUCGCACGAGGGCUCCGAUGGGGCAUCGGGAGACUUACAGAGGAGGAGAAAGCGAAACUUAAGCCUCUUACAGAGGAGGAGAGGGCGAAACUUAAGAGAAUUAUAGAGGAGGAGAAGGCGGAACUGGAGGACGAACUGCCGUCUUCGUUGCAGAUUGAGAGCAAGGCGGAAGAGGAGCCCAAGGCAGAGGAAGAGCCCAAGGCGGACGCGGAGGUGGAACCAGCUAUGGCACCCAAAUCUCCCGCAGCGACUCCCAAGUCGCCUCCAAAGUCACCGGCAAAGUCGCCCGCUGCCAGCCCUCGCCAGAGUCGCGGCAGCUCUCAGGGAAAGAAAAGCUCUCCAGGCGUUUCGGGCUCGGCCGAAAUCGAAGAACUCAUCGAGGAAGAGGAGGAAUUCGUGCCUGAUGAGCUCGAUGAGGUGCCUGACGAGCUUGACGUCUCCAUCCCAUACGACUCGGGCUCCAAGGACAACUCCAGGUCUGGUGAUUCCGUGUUCUAGCUGGCAAAUACAACAUAUCGUACACGACUACCUGAAGGUACAAAGGUACCUUCAUAUCAUUCAGAGUCGUAGUCCGACGACUCGUCAGAUCCAACCUCGUCGUCGGAGUCCACGCCCCGAUUGGCCCUCAUGCCUGCGCUACCGUCGCCGCCCCACAAGGCGGCGUACAGUUCUUUUUCGCUGGAUGCCCCGUAUCCAGCCUCGAAGGCCCUCCCGAGCCAUCCCCUCUCCCCGGUGAAGCCCACCUCGCCUGCUCCACCCUCCACGUGUCCCGCGCCCAUGCCCUCCGCGCCAUCACCAAGGAACCUGUCGAAAGAGCGUCCGGAUAUGGAACACAUCUCCGACAUCCCGUCCAUGUCCACAACCCUCUCGCGGCACGAGUCGUCGCACACGUGCGCUCGG